AUGGAGGCCCGCCCUGUUUCGAGGGCUGGGGCGUAUGCCCAUCGUUUGUUCUCAAAACUAUCUUUCGUUUCCGCGUUUCUACUCCUCUCCUCUCUCUGUGUCGACGCCUACGUUCCCGGCAUCGCCCCUACAGAUUACAUAAGAGGUCAGCAAGUGGAAGUUCAGACUGCCUCCUUGCAGUCUGUGCAGGGCGUCCUUCCGGUUGACCCGUACCAAUCCAAUGCUCCCUUUUGUCGACCGGAGAAGAUUGAAGUGGAAGAGAACAACCUAGGGCAGAUUCUGCUUGCUGACCGAGUUAAAAACACGCCCUUCGAGGUGCAUCGCAUCGUCGGUUUCGAAAUCGUGCCGUACAGCAUCGAGCACAUCGAGACGCCGGACGGAUCGGUUUUGUGUGCCCCGCGGGAUUCUGGAGAGACAGGCUCUGGAGCCGCCCCGGAGCCGCCCAAAACGAGGGCCGCGUUGUCUGAGGAACCGUUCCUCCUCGGCAGUUCCGACAAGAUCUCCUUCACCUACGACGUGGUGUGGCAACACAGCAACACGCCCUGGUCGCAGCGCUGGGACGCGUACCUGAAGAAUGCGCGCGACAACCCAAUCAUCCACUGGUUCUCCAUCGUGAACAGCCUUGUCGUCGUCCUACUCUUGACCGGCAUCGUCGCGAUGAUUCUCCUCCGCGUCCUGUACCGGGACAUCGCAAAGUACAACGAACUCCUCGUCGACGAGGAAGAAGCGGAAGAAACCGGAUGGAAACUCCUCCACGGCGACGUCUUCCGGAAGCCUGCGCACUCCACCGUGCUGGCCGCCCUCGCGGGCUCGGGCGUUCAACUCGUUGGGAUGGCCUUCGUCACAGUCAUCUUCGCUGGCCUCGGCGUCUUCUCCCCUUCUUACCGGGGGAGCAUUCUUCAGGCCGUGCUGCUCCUUUGGACCUUCAUGGGUGCAGCGGCGGGGUACACCUCGGCAAGGUUGUACAAGAUGUUCAAGUCAACGAACUGGAAAAUGACAACCAUCCGGACUGCCCUCGUCUUCCCGGGGGUUGUCUUCGCUGUCUUCUUCUUGCUCAACCUCGUUCUGUGGAUGCAACGUUCGAGCGCUGCCGUGAGUUUCUCGGCUCUUGUCUUCCUCCUCUUGCUCUGGUUCGGCAUCAGCACACCUCUUGUGUUCCUGGGAGCUUAUUUUGGCUUCAAGCAACAGCCCAUCUCUUUGCCUGUCCGAAUCAACAAAAUUCCUCGACAGAUUCCACAACAGCCGUGGUUCAUGCAGCCCAUUCUGUCGUGCAUUGUCGGAGGAGCGUUGCCUUUCGGCGCCAUGUUCACCGAGUUGUUCUUCCUCUUUUCUUCCAUCUGGCAACACCGCUUCUACUACCUCUUCGGCUUUCUAUUUCUCGUUCUCGUCAUUCUAUGCGUCACGUGCGCCGAAAUCUCGAUAACAUUCGUGUACUUUCAGCUUGUCUGCGAAGACUAUCUAUGGUGGUGGAGGUCGUUCUUGUGUAGCGCCUCGAGCGGAUUCUAUGUUCUUCUCUACGCGGUGUAUUACUACCACUCUCGGCUCAAACUCACGCACGCCACCGGCGCUCUCAUCUACUUCGGCUACUCGUUCAUCAUGGCGUAUGCUUGCUUCAUUCUCACGGGUGCUAUCGGGUUUAUCGCAUCGUUUUUCUUUCUGAGGAAGAUCUACGGCUCCAUAAAGGUGGACUGA